AUGGGCGGCCACAUGGCGAGGAACCUCUUGAAAAAGGGCCACAAAUUACUCGUGUUCGACGUGAACGAAUCGGCUGUGUUAAAUCUGACGAAGGCCGGUGCUGACAGAGCCGCGAACCCUGCUGAGAUGGCGAAAGACGUCCAAGUGGUCGUUUCGAUGUUGCCAUCUAAUCAACACGUUCUGGACGUCUACAAUAUUAAAAACGGCCUGUUAAGUUCAGCGAAAAGGGGCACUCUGCUGAUCGAUAGCAGCACGAUAGAUCCGUUUGUGUCGCAAACUUUACACGAACAAGCUGAAAAGUCUGCAGUUCGUUUCGUAGACAGUCCUGUAUCUGGUGGAGUAAACGCAGCUAAGGAUGGCACGUUAACAUUCAUGGUUGGCGGCUCGAAAGAAAAUUUCGAACUCGUCAAACCUCUGUUAAAGUCCAUGGGGUCUAGGAUAGUUCACUGUGGGGACGUGGGAAUGGGUCAGGCUGCGAAACUCUGCAACAACAUGCUAUUGGCUGUUAGCAUGAUCGGCACAGCCGAAGCGUUCAACCUCGGCCAGAAAUUAGGCCUAGAUCCCAAGGUGUUGGCUGAGAUCGUGAACUCGAGCUCCGGCAGAUGUUGGUCCUCCGAGCUGUACAAUCCUGCGCCGGGAAUUCUCGACAAUGUGCCGAGCUCCAGAAACUACGAAGGUGGUUUUGGUACGGAUUUAAUGGCCAAGGAUUUGGGAUUAGUGCAGUCUGCUGCGGCUAAGGUGGAAGCAAGUAUCCCGUUGGGCUCUUUGGCGCAUCAGAUCUAUAGAGCUAUCAUUGCUCAGGGGUUUGCUAAAAAAGAUUUCAGUUUUGUGUAUCAGUUUCUUAAGGGGCAGAACUACAUGAAAAUUAAAUUAUUGAUAGAUGUGAAGAACACAGGUUGUUACACUGAUUAG